AUGACUAGAUAUUCAAGGAAGAAAAGGGUGGAUGAGAGUGAAACCUUAACUCUAGAAAACACGUAUGACCAUGAUGAAAUGGUACAAACUCGGAGUGCCAAGUCUAAUGAUGAGGGGAAGAGGAAGAGGCUAGAUAGGUUGUUGUUUGUUUCUUUGGUUAAGCAAUGGUGGGACACGACUCAUACGUUCCACUUUGAUGAGAUCGAGGAGAUGAUGAUGACUCCAAUGGACUUCAGUGCCAUCAUUGGGCUUCGUGUGUCCAACAACCCCUUGAAACAUAACAUAAAUGUGCACCAAAAGAGGAAGCAGUUAGAGAAACAGUUUGGGAAACAAGUUUCUCAUAGGGUUUAUAUGAAGAGAAUUAGGUAUGAUAAUCUAUCUACAACGUACUGGUACAAAGAAUCUGCAAUCGAUGAAAUUAAGAAUUACAAUGAGGGGUGCGGCGUUGGGGUUGGCAUUCCUAUACGAGGCGAAAAAAUGAAAGCACCGGGGGUUAUUGAAGGGUUUGGGAGGUCAGUGCAACUGAAUGUUACGGCCAUGGUUGUCUGGCAUCCAUAUGGGACGGAUGAAUCAAAGCUCCAUAAUUGCUUCAAAACAAACAAACCCCAUGUCCCUAAGCUUCCACCAAGGACCAUGCUUCGUGAUUAUGAGUUUACCGUUGAAGACGAGGAUCAUGAGGCACUGAAUGGCUCCUCCGUUGAAAAUUGGCAAAAUGAGCAAGGUCUGACGGUUGGAACCAUUCCUCCUCAAGCUUGGUUGGUGAGGAUACUGAGCUUCAUGAAUGCCAAUGAAAGCAAGUUAGUACGAAUUCCUCAAGGACAAGAGAAACCUGACGUAUCGUUAACCAAGGAAGUGACGCACGAGCAACAAUCUAAAAAGAAACAUGAUCCACUUGGAAAGGGAAAGGCACCAAUGCUCAAACAUGAAGAUGGCGAAGAGGAAGACGAAAAAGAUGACGUGCAAGAAGAAGAGGAUAUGAGGGAGAUGAUGUGA